AUGACUGAAGCGAUGAACCUCGACCAGGCGGCAACGCUCGACGAGAGCCUCUACUCGCGGCAGCUCUAUGUCCUCGGCCACGAGGCCAUGAAGCGCAUGGCCGCGUCCGACGUCCUCAUCAUCGGCAUGUCGGGCCUUGGUGUCGAGAUCGCCAAGAACAUCUGCCUCGCCGGCGUCAAGUCGGUCACCAUCUCGGACCCGACCCUCGUUACCGUGCCCGACCUCGGCACCCAGUUCUUCCUGCGCGAGUCGGACGUCGGCCAACGUCGUGACGAGGCGACCCGCCCGCGCCUCGCCGAGCUCAACGCCUACACGCCCGUCUCGGUCCUCGCCAACCUGACCGACGACGCCGUCAAGCGCUUCACGGUCGUCGUCCUCGUCCAGGGCUCGACCGAGGAGCAGCUCAAGCUCAACGACUUUACGCACGCCAACGGCAUCAAGUUCAUCGCCGCCGAGACGGCCGGCCUCUUCGCGUCGGCGUUCUGCGACUUCGGCGAGCAGUUCCCGGUCGUCGACCAGACGGGCGAGACGCCGCUGUCGGGCAUGGUCGUCGAGAUCGAGGAGGGCGAGGACGCGCUCGUGACGUGCCUCGACGAGACGAGGCACGGGCUCGAGGACGGCGACUACGUGCGCUUCACCGAGGUCGAGGGCAUGAACAUCAACUCGGACAGCGUCGAGGGCGCGAGGAAGGUCACGGUCGUCGGCCCGUACACGUUCAAGGUCGGCGACACGCGCGGCCUCGGGCAAUACAAGAAGGGCGGCUGGUUCCACCAGGUCAAGAUGCCCAAGCUCUUUGACUUUAAACCUCUUCGCGAGUCGAUCACGGCGCCCGAGUUCCUCAUCUCCGACUUUGCCAAGUUCGACCGCCCACCUACGCUCCACAUCGGCUUCCAGGCCCUGUCGGCGUUCCGCUCCAAGAACGAGCGCCUGCCCAAGCCCCGCAACGCCGCCGACGCCGCCGAGCUUGUCCAGCUCGCCAAGGACGUAGCGUCGCAGGCCAAGUUCGAGGGCGACCUCGACGAGAAGGUCCUGAGCGAGCUCGCGUACCAGGCGUCGGGCGACGUGGCCCCGAUCUGCGCCGUCAUCGGCGGCUUCAUCGCGCAGGAGGUCCUCAAGGCGUGCUCGGGCAAGUUCACGCCCCUGUUCCAGCACCUGUACUUCGACGCGCUCGAGGCCCUCCCCGACACGCUCCCGACCGAGGACGACUGCGCGCCGUCGUCGCCGCCUGCGCGUCACGACGGCCAGAUCGCCGUGUUCGGCCGCGCGUUCCAGCACAAGCUCGAGAACAACCGCCAGUUCCUCGUCGGCGCGGGCGCCAUCGGCUGCGAGAUGCUCAAGAACUGGGCCAUGAUGGGCGUCGCGACCGGGCCCGAGGGCCACAUCCACGUCACCGACCUCGACACGAUCGAGAAGAGCAACCUGAACCGCCAGUUCCUGUUCCGGCCCAAGGACGUCGGCUCGUUCAAGUCCGAGGCGGCGCGUCGUGCGGCCAUGGAGAUGAACCCGGCGCUCGAGGGCAAGAUCGACGUGUACAAGCUCGCCGUCGGUCCCGACACGGAGAACGUCUUUGGCGACUCGUUUUUCGACGCGCUCGACGGCGUUACGAACGCGCUCGACAACGUCGCUGCCCGCCAGUACAUGGACCAGCGCUGCGUCUACUACGCCAAGCCGCUGCUCGAGUCGGGCACGCUCGGCACCAAGGGCAACGUCCAGGUCGUCCUCCCGCACUUGACCGAGUCGUACUCGUCGAGCCAGGACCCGCCUGAGAAGAGCCACCCGAGCUGCACGAUCAAGAACUUCCCCAACCAGAUCGAGCACACGAUUGCUUGGGCCAAGGAGCGCUUCGAGGAGUACUUCGAGAAGCCGGCCGAGGUCGUCAACUCGUACCUGUCGCAGCCCAACUUCAUCGAGGCGGCCAAGCAGUCGGGCGAGACGUCGCAGCUCGUCAAGAUCAAGAGCUUCCUCGUCGACAACAAGCCGCUCGGGUUCGACGAGUGCAUCGUCUGGGCGCGCGAGCAGUUCGAGACCGAGUACGGCAACGAGAUCAAGCAGCUCUUGUACUCUCUCCCGAAGGACCUGAUGACUAAAGAGGGCACGCCUUUCUGGUCGGGCCCCAAGCGUGCGCCGGAGCCCCUCAAGUUCGACUACAACGAGUCGGCCCACAUGGAGUUCAUCGUCGCCGCCGCCAACCUGCAUGCGUUCAACUACGGCCUCAAGGGCGACACGGACCCGGCGCGCUUCAAGAAGGUCCUCGACUCGGUCCACCUGCCCGAGUUCAAGCCCAAGGCCGGCGUCCAGGUCCAGGUCAAGGACGACGAGCCCGUCGCGAACGACAAGGACGCGCCCAAGGCCGACGAGGACGAGGACCUCGGGUCGUUGGCGGCGUCGCUCCCGCAGCCGUCCACCCUCGCCGGGUACCGCCUCAACCCGGCCAAGUUCGAGAAGGACGACGACUCGAACCACCACAUGGACUUCAUCACGGCGGCGUCCAACCUGCGUGCGCUCAACUACGGCAUUCAGCCGAGCUCGCGCCACCACACCAAGCAGGUCGCAGGCAAGAUCAUCCCGGCCAUCGCCACGACUACGGCCGUCGCUGCAGGUCUCGUGUGCGGCGAGUUGUACAAGAUCGUCGACGGCAAGAAGGACCUCGAGAAGUUCUCGAACGCGUUCAUCAACCUCGCCCUGCCCUUCUUCGGCUUCAGUGACCCUAUUGCGGCCGCCAAGCAGAAGUACGGCGAGACCGAGUGGACCAUCUGGGACUGCUUCAAGAUCGAGGGCGACAUCACGCUCGAGGAGCUCGUCAAGCACUUUGAGGAGAAGUACAACUUUGAGAUCUCUAUGCUGUCGUCCGGUGUCUCUAUGCUGUACUCGGGCUUCAUGCCGAAGAAGAAGCUCGAGGAGCGUCUCAAGAUGCCGUUGUCGACGCUCGUCGAGACGGUCAGCAAGAAGCCUAUCCCCGACCACGUGCGCGACAUCGUGUUCGAGAUGAUGGUCAACGACAUCGACUCGGGCGACGACGUCGAGGUGCCGUACCUCAAGGUCCGCGUCCGGUAGACGUCCGCACUCGUCUUCUCCCGUGCCCCACUCCGCUUCGCCGUCGUUGUAUACCCCGCGCUGCGGACCAGCACGCGCCUGCCCUGAUCUGCAAAGAGCUUUGCCAAGUCUGCGA